CGCCGCGCCCCCCACAAUCCACAACUGAACUCUCAACGCAACUGACGCUCGAUAUUUUAGCGCUCAAAGUUAACUUGUGAAAUUAUUGUGACAUAACUUCAGGAUAUACUAAAGUGCUGAUAACAGAAUUGGAGUGAUUUAUUGAAGUGAAUAAAGUGAAGCCGAACAUUCCAAACCAGUGGAAUAAGGUUAUAAAAAUUAGUGAAAAUCUGAAAAGUGUGAAUCUAAAAUCCAAAAUGUACGAGGAUUCUGUGGUACCUGCAAAAAUGGAGACUUUCAGCGGAGUCACUGCUAAAAGCCCAGUGAGCCAGUGCAUCAGGUCGAUGCUCAGACGAGCAGCGGUGGAGAAGAGGCUUACAAUCGGCCUUCUUCCCGCCAUCCAGCAUCUGUCCAAGAACUGCGAGGGUGCCUUGUUCUGUGUGACCACGGAGGCGACUCCCGGGGACAGUGCUACUCACAUGCAGGAGGUGCUGCUGCAGGCCUUCUGUGUCGAAAACGACAUUUACGUCAUCAAGGUUGAUUCAGAAGUGAAGCUCAAGAAAAUUCUCGGGUUUUGCAAAACACCUUUAGACUUCAGCUGCAUAUUAGUGCACUAUCCGUACGCAGACCCCUUUACUGACAGUCAAGAAAUUGACUUCUCACUGCUAUCAGAGUCGGAGAGAGAUUUGAUCGACUACUGCGAGUCCAAGUGGGGCACUGCUCAAAUGCCGGUCGUCAAGCUGCCGGACAAGUGAAGACUUACAGGAAAAAAUAUUGGAAAAA